AUGUCAACGACAAAUAGUGAUUUAAAUGGUGAUGAAUGUUACCAAGAAAAUAACAAUGUUAAAAAAAAUAGCAAAGUUAAUAUUGAAUAUCUCAAUUUACUUCUGCCUCAUCUGAAACAUUAUAAUUCUGCUUGUGCUUUAUGUAUUCGAUCACGUUAUUUUGGGAAAAAUACUUCUAGACCAAAUUCUCUUCUUGUACGAUGUAUUCUACAAUGUAGUGGUAGUAUUUGUAAAUUCAAAUGUACGGUGCAUGUCCUGAAUAAUGGUGAUUGUUUUCUUAUUGCAAUAAAUCGAAAUAUAUUUCAUCUUGUUGGUGAGCGACUUAGUCGUCAUAUUCGUGGUUCUCAACGUCAGGCAUUAAUUGAAAAGUUCAAAUCAGGUGCUUCUGUUUAUCGAUUACAUGCUCAAUAUGAUAAAGAGCGAACUAAAAAUGAAAGAAAAGGUUUUAAUUACGAUCGUACAGGCAAAUCAAAGAUUUUCAAAAAGAUUAAAGCUGAAGCAGUAGCUGCAUCUUUACUUUCACCAGAUAUUACAUUAGGUAUUUUACGACUUCAUGAUCAAUUAGUUGAUGAAAUUAAUAGUGAUGGCAUCGUCAAAGGUGCAAUUCAAGUGGUGCAACUUAGACCAUUUUGUAUUGUAGCUUUUACCGAAGCUUCUAUACGUUUAUAUGAUGCAAUUGUCAGCCAUCCUGAAACAGUAUUAUCAUGGGAUGCUACGGGAGGCAUCAUCAAAAAUGUAGCAUCAACAUUAGGGGUGCACAAGUUCAGCUUUAGUUCUGAGCGAAGGAGCUGUUCGACACGCUCAUAA